CUCCCCGCACGCUGCUGCCGGCGGGACUUCCUGAUCCCGCUGCAUUGGCCGCAGGUAGCGCAGCUGUGCGGGACGGGGCACGGACAGAGCCCAUGCGGACCCUCGGCUGAGCUUCAUCCCCCGCCCCCUCCUCCUCCUCCUCCUCCUCCUCCUCGUCGCCUUCCUCCUCCCUCCCCGCCCGGCUCCCUUCCUGCCCGGCACAUGUAAAAGUUGUGCGUGGGGCUCCGCUCCCGUCCCGCUGCCGGUGCUGCUGGCGGCAGGAGCCGGGCUGGGAUCGUCCCCCCGAGGAGCAGAGACCCCUCCGACCCUCCCGGAGCAGGGACCCCCCCGGCUCCGCUCGCCCAUGCUGGAUUUCGGCCCGGGAAGGUGACUGCAGGAGGAAGCGGCGCCGCGCCGGGUCAGGGUAACCAUGAAUGAGAUGUCGAGUUUCCUGCACAUCGGGGACAUCGUCUCCCUGUACGCCGAGGGCUCCGUCAAUGGCUUCAUCAGCACCUUGGGGCUGGUGGAUGAUCGCUGCGUGGUGGAGCCGGCGGCCGGAGACCUGGACAACCCCCCCAAGAAGUUCCGAGAUUGCCUCUUCAAAGUGUGUCCCAUGAACCGCUACUCGGCCCAGAAGCAGUACUGGAARGCCAAGCAAACCAAGCAGGACAAGGACAAGAUCGCGGACGUGGUGCUGCUGCAGAAGCUGCAGCACGCGGCCCAGAUGGAGCAGAAGCAGAACGAGACGGAGAACAAGAAGGUGCACGGGGACGUGGUGAAGUACGGCAGCGUCAUCCAGCUGCUGCACAUGAAGAGCAACAAAUACCUGACAGUGAACAAGCGGCUGCCGGCGCUGCUGGAGAAAAACGCCAUGAGGGUGACCCUGGAUGCCACCGGCAACGAGGGCUCCUGGCUCUUCAUCCAGCCCUUCUGGAAGCUCAGGAGCAACGGGGACAACGUAGUCGUGGGAGACAAAGUCAUCCUGAACCCCGUGAACGCCGGGCAGCCGCUGCACGCCAGCAACUACGAGCUGGCUGACAACGCUGGCUGCAAGGAGUUAUGUACACCCACGUCCUCUCGCCGUAAUUUAUUUUUAAAAAACUUAUUAAGCACUGACUUUAAAUCAGACUUAAUGACCUCGGAGGUCUUUUCCAACCUGAAAAAGACUCUGGGAUCCUUUCCCCCUGGCCCUCACCCCUCUGUCCUGGCGCAGGGGGAYGUSGUGAGGCUGUUCCACGCCGAGCAGGAGAAAUUCCUCACCUGCGACGAGUACAAGGGCAAGCUGCAYGUCUUCCUGCGCACCACCCUGCGCCAGUCGGCCACCUCGGCCACCAGCUCCAACGCCCUGUGGGAGGUGGAGGUUGUUCACCACGACCCGUGCCGAGGGGGAGCCGGCCACUGGAACGGCUUGUACCGCUUCAAACAUCUGGCCACGGGCAACUACCUGGCAGCAGAGGAAAACCCAAGUUAUAAAGGAGACGUGGCUGAGCCCAAAGCAGCGCCCACGGGGGGCAGCAGCCGCGCCAGCCGCAGGAACACGGGCGAGAAGAUCAAAUACCGCCUGGUGGCCGUGCCCCACGGCAACGACAUCGCCUCGCUCUUCGAGCUGGACCCCACCACGCUGCAGAAAACGGAUUCGUUCGUCCCUCGGAACUCCUACGUGAGGCUGCGCCACCUGUGCACCAACACCUGGAUCCAGAGCACCAACGUGCCCAUUGACAUCGAUGAGGAGAGGCCCAUCCGCCUCAUGCUGGGCACAUGCCCCACCAAGGAGGACAAGGAAGCUUUUGCCAUCGUCUCCGUGCCCGUGUCUGAAAUCCGGGACCUGGACUUUGCCAAUGACGCCAGCUCCAUGCUGGCCAACGUGGUGGAGAAGAUGAACGAAGGGUUCCUCAGCCAGAACGACCGGAGGUUUGUGAUCCAGCUGCUGGAGGAUUUGGUGUUUUUCGUCAGCGACGUCCCCAACAAYGGCCAGAACGUGCUGGACAUCGUGGUGACCAAGCCCAACCGGGAACGGCAGAAGCUGAUGCGGGAGCAGAACAUCCUGAAGCAGAUCUUUGGGAUCCUGAAGGCCCCGUUCAAGGACAAGGGCGGGGAAGGGCCCCUGGUGAGGCUGGAGGAGCUGUCGGACCAGAAGAACGCUCCCUACCAGUACAUGUUCCGCCUGUGCUACCGCGUGCUCCGGCAUUCCCAGGAGGAUUACCGCAAGAACCAGGAGCACAUUGCCAAGCAGUUCGGGAUGAUGCAGUCCCARAUCGGUUACGACAUCCUGGCCGAGGACACCAUCACGGCCCUGCUGCACAACAACCGCAAACUGCUGGAGAAACACAUCACCAAGACCGAGGUGGAGACCUUCGUCAGCCUGGUGCGCAAAAACCGCGAGCCACGGUUUCUGGAUUAUCUCUCGGAUCUCUGCGUGUCCAACCACAUCGCCAUCCCCGUCACCCAGGAGCUGAUCUGCAAGUGCGUGCUGGACUCGAAAAACAGCGACAUCCUCAUCAAAACAGAGCUGAGGCCAGUGAAGGAGAUGUCCCAGACCCACGAGUACCUGAGCAUCGAGUACUCAGAGGAGGAGGUCUGGCUCACCUGGACAGACAAAAACAACGACCACCAUGAGAAAAGCAUCCGUCAGCUGGCGCAGGAGGCCAGGGCCGGCAAUGCCCACGAUGAGAAUGUCCUCAGCUACUACAGGUACCAGCUGAAGCUCUUUGCCCGCAUGUGCCUGGACCGCCAGUACCUGGCCAUCAAGGAGAUCUCCCAGCAGCUGGGGGUGGACCUGAUCUUCCUGUGCAUGGCAGAUGAGAUGCUGCCCUUCGACCUGCGCGCCUCCUUCUGCCACCUCAUGCUGCACGUGCACGUGGACAGGGACCCCCAGGAGCUGGUGAUGCCCGUGAAGUUUGCACGGCUCUGGACAGAAAUCCCCACAGCCAUCACCAUCAAAGACUACGACUCCAACCUCAACGUCUCACGCGAUGACAAGAAGAACAAGUUUGCCAGCACCAUGGAGUUCGUGGAGGAUUAUCUCAACAACGUGGUGAGCGAGGCCGUGCCCUUCGCCAACGAGGAGAAGAACAAGCUCACCUUCGAGGUCGUCAGCCUCGCCCACAACCUCAUCUACUUCGGCUUCUACAGCUUCAGCGAGCUGCUGCGCCUGACACGGACCCUGCUGGGCAUCAUCGACUGCGUCCAGAACCCCCAGCUCAUGGGGGGUUUACAAGUCUACAACGAUGAGGUGACAGGGAAGAACGUGCGGCGGUCGAUCCAGGGCGUGGGGCAGAUGAUGUCCACCAUGGUGCUGAGCAGGAAGCAGUCCAUUUUCAGCGCCCCCAACCUCAGCGCCGGCUCUGCCCCAGAGCAGGUGGACAGAGGGAGGAGCAUUGAGAGCGAGAACAUCGUGGUGAUGGAGACCAAGCUGAAGAUCCUGGAGAUCUUGCAGUUCAUCCUGAAUGUGCGGCUGGACUACAGGAUCUCCUACCUGCUCUCGGUCUUCAAGAAGGAGUUUGUGGAGGUUUACCCCAUGCAGGACAGCGCGGCCGACGGGACGGCUCCGGCCUUUGACUCCACAACUGCAGCCAUGAACCUGGACCGGAUCGGGGAGCACGCCGAGGCCAUGUUYGGUGUGGGGAAGUCRAGCAGCAUGCUGGAGGUGGACGACGAGGGAGGGAGGAUGUUCCUGCGGGUGCUGAUCCACCUGACCAUGCACGACUAUCCCCCGCUCAUCUCGGGCUCCCUGCAGCUCCUCUUCAAGCACUUCAGCCAGAGGCAGGAGGUCCUGCACACCUUCAAACAGGUCCAGCUCCUGAUCUCAGCCCAGGACGUGGAGAACUACAAGGUGAUCAAGUCRGAGCUGGACAAGCUCCGCACGAUGGUGGAGAAAUCGGAGCUGUGGGUGGACAAGAAGGGCAGCACCAAGGGGGACAACACAGGGGACGGGAACAAGAAGGAGAAGAAGGAGCACGGUGCUGACGAGGAGGUCAUUGCUCCAGGAGAGAAGAGCAGCGAGAACUACCAGAUAGUCAAAGGGAUCCUGGAGMGGCUGAACAAGAUGUGCGGGGUGGGCGAGCAGGUGCGCAAGAAGCAGCAGCGCYUGCUGAAGAACAUGGACGCCCACAAAGUGAUGCUGGACCUGCUGCAGAUCCCCUAUGAGAAGGGCGAUGCCAAGAUGAUGGAGAUCCUCAAGUUCACCCACCAGUUCCUGCAGAAGUUCUGUGCKGGCAACCAGGAGAACCAGGCCCUGCUGCACAAACACCUCAACCUGUUCCUGACCCCGGGGCUGCUGGAGGCCGAGACCAUGCAGCACAUCUUCCUCAACAACUACCAGCUGUGCUCGGAGAUCAACGAGACCGUGCCGCAGCACUUCAUCCACUGCGUGGCCACCCACGGCCGCCACGUCCAGUACCUCGACUUCCUGCACACCAUCAUCAAGGCCGAGGGCAAGUACGUCAAGAAGUGCCAGGACAUGAUCAUGACCGAGCUCACCAACGCCGGGGACGACGUGGUGGUUUUCUACAACGACAAAGCGUCGCUGGCCACGCUGCUGGAGAUGAUGACGGCGGCCAGGGACGGGGUGGAGGAGAACAGCCCCCUGAUGUACCAYAUCUCCCUGGUGGACCUGCUGGCCGCCUGUGCCGAGGGCAAGAACGUCUACACCGAGAUCAAGUGCACGUCCCUGCUGCCCCUGGAGGACGUGGUGCGGGUGGUGACGCAYGAGGACUGCAUCACGGAGGUGAAGAUGGCCUACGUGAACUUUGUCAACCACUGCUACGUGGACACGGAGGUGGAGAUGAAGGAGAUCUACACCAGCAACCACAUCUGGACCCUCUUUGAGAACUUCACCCUGGACAUGGCCCAGAUGUGCAAGAAGCGGGAGAAGCGCCUGCCGGACGCCACGCUGGAGAAGUACGUGCUGACAGUGGUGCUGGACACCAUCAACGCCUUCUUCAGCUCRCCCUUCUCGGAGAACAGCACCUCCCUGCAGACCCACCAGACCAUCGUGGUGCAGCUCCUGCAGUCCACCACGCGGCUGCUGGAGUGUCCCUGGCUGCAGCAGCAGCACAAGAGCUCGGUGGAAUCCUGCAUCCGCACGCUGGCCAUGGUCGGUAAGGAGCCAGCACCGUGCCCAGGGCACAGGGGACACUGCCACCCUGCUCUGUCUGGCAACCUGCUGCGGAAAAUGCUCAUGAACAAUUACCUGCAGAACAAGAGGUCCAGCUCCAAGGGGGAGAUGGGGGAUGCUGCUGGGGGAGGCCAGGACCAGGACUGGUCAGCCAUCGCCGCUGUCCAGUGCCGGCUGGACCGGGAAGGGGCCACCAAGUUGGUGGCUGACCUCAUCAUGAACACCAAGAACGAGAAGAUCUUCCAGGAGAGCAUCCUGCUGGCCAUCCGCCUGCUGGACGGCGGCAACACCGAGAUCCAGAAAUCCUUUUACAACCUCAUGACGAGCGACAAGAAGUCCGAGAAGUUCUUCAAGGUUCUGCACGACCGCAUGAAGAAGGCGCAGCAGGAGACCAARUCCACGGUGUCGGUGAACAUGAGCGACAUCGGCAACAAACCCCGCGAGGACAAGGACGAGCCGGACCCCGGCACCAAAGGACGAGGGGACACCUUCCUGAUGCCCGGCACCCCGACGCGGUUCCCGAUGGCCGUGGGGUUCCGAAAGGGCCACGAUCCCGGCGAGCAGGGCCAGAACAACGAGAUGGGGGUGACGGUGCUGAUCAUGGAGCCCAUCCUGCGCUUCCUGCAGCUGCUCUGCGAGAACCACAACCGCGACCUGCAGAACUUCCUGCGGUGCCAAAACAACAAAACCAACUACAACCUGGUGUGCGAGACGCUGCAGUUCCUGGACAUCAUGUGCGGCAGCACCACGGGCGGGCUGGGRCUGCUCGGCCUCUACAUCAACGAGUACAACGUGGCUCUCAUCACCCAGACCCUGGAGACCCUCACUGAGUACUGCCAGGGGCCCUGCCAYGAGAACCAGAGCUGCAUCGUGACCCACGAGUCCAACGGGAUCGACAUCAUCACGGCACUGAUCCUCAACGACAUCAGCCCCCUGUGCAAGUACCGCAUGGACCUGGUGCUGCAGCUCAAGGACAACGCCUCCAAGCUGCUGCUGGCCCUGAUGGAGAGCAGGCACGACAGCGAGAACGCCGAGCGCAUCCUCAUCAGCCUCCGACCCCAGGAACUGGUGGAUGUGAUCAAGAAGGCUUAUCUGCAGGAGGAGGAGUGUGAGAACGCCGAGGUUUCACCCCGRGAAGUCGGGCACAACAUUUACAUCCUGGCGCUGCAGCUCUCCCGACACAACAAGUCCCUGCAGCAGCUCCUGAAGCCGGUGAAGCGAAUCCAGGAGGAGGAGGAGGAGGGAAUCUCAUCCAUGCUCAGCCUCAACAACAAGCAGCUGUCGCAGAUGCUGAAGUCGACGGCUCCGGUGCAGGAGGAAGAAGAGGAUCCUUUGGCUUAUUACGAGAAGCACACGUCCCAGAUUGAGAUCGUGCGGCUGGACCGGAGCAUGGAGCAGAUCAUCUUCCCCGUGCCUGGGAUCUGUGAAUUCNNNNGGUCUGGGGUGACACACAGGGGGUCUGGGGUGACACAGGGGGUCAGGGAGGACCCGGUUGGCACGAGGCUGGCUGAGGUUUGUGUGUUGCCUCCUCUCCCCCCAGGCAUGCCGCUGAUGUACUGGUUCUCCCGCAGAAUGACGCUCUGGGGAAGCAUUUCCUUCAACCUGGCCGUCUUCAUCAACAUCAUCAUCGCUUUCUUCUACCCCUACGUGGAAGCCACUUCCAUGGGAGUGCUGGAUUCACCACUGAUCUCCCUGCUCUUCUGGAUCCUCAUCUGCUUCUCCAUCAUGGCCCUGUUCACCAAGCGCUACGGGGUGAGGCCGCUGCUGGUGGCGCUGAUCCUGCGCUCCAUCUACUACCUGGGCAUCGGGCUCACCCUCAACAUCCUGGGAGCUCUCAAUCUGACCAACAAGAUCGUGUUCGUGGUGAGCUUCGUGGGCAACCGAGGCACCUUCAUCCGUGGCUACAAGGCCAUGAUCAUGGAUGUGGAGUUCCUGUACCAUGUUGGCUACAUCGUGACCAGUGUGCUGGGGCUCUUCGUGCACGAGCUCUUCUACAGCAUCCUGCUGUUUGACUUGAUCUACCGUGAGGAGACCUUGUUUAAUGUCAUCAAGAGCGUGACGCGGAACGGGCGCUCCAUCCUGCUGACAGCCCUGCUGGCCCUCAUCCUCGUCUACCUCUUCUCCAUCGUGGGUUUCCUCUUCCUGAAGGAUGAUUUCAUCCUYGAGGUGGACCGGCUGCCGGACAGCAAAGCCAAAGAUGAUCCUUUGGGGAUGCAAAGGAACGUGGAGACCUUCGUGGAGUCGUGCAGCAGUGACAAAAUCAGCUGCUCUGCWGCACCCACUGCCUUGGAAGAAGCAGACCCGGAGCAGUGGGAACGUGCCUGUGACACGCUGCUCAUGUGCAUYGUCACCGUCCUCAACCACGGCCUGCGCAACGGCGGCGGCGUCGGGGACAUCCUGAGGAAACCCUCCAAGGAUGAGUCCCUGUUCCCUGCUCGAGUCGUCUACGACCUCCUCUUCUUCUUCAUUGUCAUCAUCAUCGUCCUCAACCUCAUCUUUGGGGUCAUUAUUGACACCUUUGCUGAUCUGAGGAGUGAGAAGCAGAAGAAGGAAGARAUCCUGAAGACCACCUGUUUUAUCUGUGGGCUGGAAAGGGACAAGUUUGACAACAAGACGGUGUCCUUUGAGGAGCACAUCAAAUACGAGCACAACAUGUGGAACUACCUGUACUUCAUCGUGCUGGUGAGGGUGAAGAACAAGACCGACUACACCGGUCCCGAGAGCUACGUGGCACAGAUGAUAAAGAACAAGAACCUGGACUGGUUCCCCCGGAUGCGAGCCAUGUCUCUGGUCAGCAAUGAAGGGGAAGGGGARCAGAACGAGAUCCGCAAUCUGCAGGACAAGCUCAACACCACCAUGAAACUCGUGUCCCACCUCACCUCCCAGCUGAACGAGCUGAAGGAACAGAUGACAGAGCAGCGGAAGCGCAGGCAGAGGAUGGGGUUUGUGGAUGUCCAGAACACCAUGAACCACUGAGACAACUUCACCCACCGGGGGACUGCACCUGUGUCAGCUGAGGAGGCUGCUCCUCCCUGGGCUCCAGGCAGGAAUUGUCACCAUUUGGGGAUGAUGGACCAUGUGGAAAGGGCUUCCCAGGCAGCAUCUCCCUUAGAGCGCUUGUAAGCAAUUCCAGCAGCAGGGACUGGCCGGAUUCCUCCCCACACCUGGGCCCAGGUCUUGUUCCAACACCCUCGUAGGAAGAUCAGUCAUACAGGACUUUCAUUCCUCAUUGCAGUAACUCUUAUUUUGCACCCGUGGAGGGUUGUAUCUUUAUCUCCAUGUGCUCCAGCCCCUCGGCUGUGGGGUAAGUAGCUGUAGGGCCGCACUAUUUAACUUAUUCUGAGUGCCACUUGUCCCUGUGGAUCUUUGCCAAGCAGCCCUCGUUAUCUGCUGUGCCUGCUCCACGCUGACCUCUCUCCAUUUACACAAUUCUCUUCGUCYUCUGGUGCAGUAAAGAGCAGCUGAACUCAAGGAGGUGGAUUUAAUUUAAUUAACUCACCAGAKGAGGAGCUGAGCUUGUCCUAGUGGGAAAAACUAAAAGUCUUUUGCCUUCUGUGGACCAAGGAUCUUUGGGCAGCAGUAGUGGGAGMCUGCAGGUUUACAGGAGUUCACUGUGAAGGGGUGUCCUGUGUUUUAGUUUCAUCUCUGGUGUCAUGUUUUACCUUUUUUUUGUUUUUGUUUUUUUUUUUUAGUUGUCGUUGUUACUUAAGAACUGAAGUGUAAAUUGCCUUAACUAAAUUAAAUACAAAAUCAUG